AUGCGGACACCUUCAGGGGCCAAGCAGAAGUACCAGGGAGACGGUUGCCAGGCCACCACUGUUGUUUCCCCGGCAGAGGGCUUACACCACCUUGUUGGGCAGGUUCACCAGGGGCUUCCUUCCAUCCUACCCGGGCGCUGCUUCCUGCCGCUCUUUUUACCUGACCAGGACACCAGGCCCCACGGUCAGCACAGAGACAGGAGCCAGCCACAAGCGGAAGCGCACGUCCAGGAGCCCAGGAGGAACCCCUCCCCGGGGCUAGGGCCAAGGGCUGCCCAAAGGUCCCACAGAGGGCUGCGGGUGGUGUCUUCCCAGAGGAGUCCCCGUCCUCGCGCUCCCACGCCUGCAGCCCGCCGCCACACCCGCCUCAUCCACCGUCGGGGGCCACCCACUAGGACCCACAUCCGCAGGCAAAGGGGCAAGCGACCGAGGACUGCAGGAAUCCGGCGGGGCCACACGCAGGUGCCAGGCUGGGCCUACGAGAGACCAAUGGGGAGCAGCCAAGAGGACCAGCCCCUGCACCCGCCAAGCCAGCUGGGCCAGGACACAGACCUCCUGGAUGCUGCUGAUGCUGCCAGGCCUCGGGCCACUCUCCUGGAGAGGCACCUGCUGGAGGGGGAGAGGGAGCUGCACGGCAGUGGGCAGGGGCCCUACUUCUACAUCGGAGGCACCAACGGGGCCUCCAUAAUCAGUUCCUACUGCAAGAGCAAGGGCUGGCAGCGCAUCCAGGACAGCCGGCGUGAGGACUACAAGCUGAAGUGGUGCGAGGUCAAGUGCAGAGACAACUACUGCAGCUUUCGGGAAGGUGAGCAGCUGCUCUACCAGAUCCCGAACAACAAGGUCCUCACCACCAAGAUCGGGCUGCUCAGCGCCCUGAGGGAAUACUCGAGGGUUGUGAGCAAGACCCACAAGAUAUCACCGUGUGCCCAGGCCAGAUCUAGAAAGGACACAACAUCCGCCCCUGAGGAGCUCACUUGGACCAGCCCAGGAUUCCUCGGGCCACAGAGGGUCCUGAAAAUGGAAGAAUUUUUCCCAGAGACCUACCGUCUGGACCUCAGGGACGAGAGAGAGGCUUUCUUCAGUCUCUUUGAUGAAAAUCAGGUAUGGAUCUGCAAGCCCACGGCCUCCAACCAGGGCAAAGGCAUCUUUCUGCUCAGGAGCCAGGAGGAAGUCGCCGCCCUGCAAGUCAAGACCCAGAUGGUGGAGGAUGACCCCAUCUACCGCAAGAUGCCGUUCCGGGCGCCUCAGGCGCGGGUCGUGCAGAGGUACAUCCAGAACCCACUGCUACUGGAUGGGAAGAAGUUUGAUGUGCGUUCCUACCUGCUCAUUGCCUGUGCCAUGCCAUACAUGGUCUUCUUUGGUCAUGGUUAUGCCCGCCUAACCCUCAGCCUCUAUGACCCCCAUUCCAGCGACCUCAGUGGCCACUUGACCAACCAGUUCAUGCAGAAGAAGAGCCCCCUGUACAUGCUGUUCAAGGAGGACACGGUGUGGAGUAUGGACCAUCUCAACCGCUACAUCAACAACAAAUUCAGGAAGACCAAGGGACUCCCUAGGGACUGGGUCUUUACUACCUUUACGAAGCGGAUGCAGCAGAUCAUGGCUCACUGCUUCCAGGCUGUCAAGUCCAAGCUCCAAUGCAAGCUGGGCUACUUCGACCUCAUUGGUGACUUCUUGAUCGAUGAAAACUUCAAGGUGUGGCUGCUGGAGAUGAACUCCAACCCUGCCCUGCACACCAACUGUGAGGUCCUGAAGGAGGUGAUCCCGGGCGUGGUCAUGGAAACCCUGGACCUGGCGCUUGAGACCUUCCAGAAGAGCUUGCGCGGCCAGAAGAUGCUGCCUCUGCUGUCACUGAGCCGCUUCGUGCUCCUGCACAACGGCGAGGGGGACCUCUGGCCGCGCCUGGGGGGCUCCCGGAGCGCCCUGCGCCCGCCGCCGCCGCCGCCGCCGCCGCCGCCCCGACCGACGGACGAAGCCGACCGCCCGGCGCCGCCGGCGCCCCGCGCCGCCGACGGGCCGGGCGCGCGCAGGGCCGCACCACCCCGGGGCCCCGGCGGCGCGCACGCGCGGCCCCCCUCGGCGCCCCGGCGGCCGCGCGCCCCCGGCCCCGGUCCCGACGGCGCGCGGAGCAGGGAGCCCGGGGCCGAGCGGCUGCGAGCGGGAGCGGGGGGCCCGGCGCGGGAGCCCUCCCCGGGGCUGGCGGCGGCGGAGCGCAGGAGCGCGGGCCAUCGCGGCUCCUAGCGGGCGGGCCAGCAGCGCCCUCUCGGGACCUAUAAAGGCUACUUUGUUACAAA